AUGGCGCCAAAAGCAGCCAGCAAGAAGGCGCCCAUCGGCGGCAAGCACAAUGCCAAAGCCAGCCUGGCCGCGAAAUCUGCCCUGAAAGGCGCCCACUCGAAGAAAGCCCGCAAAGUCCGCCUCACAACCUCCUUCCACCGACCCAAGACGCUCCAACUCUCCCGCUCGCCCAAAUACCCGCGCAAAUCCGUCCCGCAUGAGGCUCGCUUGGAUCACCACAAAGUCAUCAUCAACCCUCUGAAUACCGAAAGCGCGAUGAAGAAAAUCGAGGAGAACAAUACGCUGGUGUUUAUUUGCGAUGUCAAGGCGAACAAGAGGCAGAUCAAGGAGGCUUUGAAGAAGCUGUAUGAUGUGGAUUGCGUGAAGAUUAAUACGUUGGUCAGGCCUGAUGGAUCGAAGAAGGCAUAUGCGAGGUUGACACCGGAUGUGGACGCACUGGAUAUUGCGGCGACGAAGCUCAACAUUGUCUAG